AUGAAGGAUCUCUGCCUUGAGCCCACAGCCCUCUCCAACGUCGCCACGACAGAACCUUUCCCGCUGCUUUCUCACGAGGCCGUUCUCCAGCACCGCCGGGAGCUCUUCAGCCCAGAGGUGCUGGACAACUGCCUGCACUACACGCGGCCCGGGUCCGUCCAGCUGCGCGGCAUGGCCCCCCGCUAUGCGCCGUUCAUUCACAAGUUCUGGCACUCGCCCGAGGUGCUGAAGAUUGUGAGCAGCAUUGCGGGCGUGGACCUCGUGCCGGCGAUGGACUACGAAGUGAGCCACACCAACGUGCAGCUGGGACCUGGAGGCCUCGAUGCCGUGCGAAGCACUCCGGUGGAGCCGCCGACAGCGACCGAGGAGGCCAUUCGCGCCUUUGAGGCAGACAAGGCCCAGAAGAGGGCCGUUACGGACCAGACUAAGCCCAUCAUUGAGUGGCACAAGGACUCACAUCCGUGGGUGUGUGUCGUGAUGCUGUCUGACGCGCGACACAUGACGGGCGGCGAGACGGAGCUCAUGAAGGGCGAUGGCACGACCCUCAAGGUGAAGGCACCGCAAAUGGGUUGCGCUGUCCUGCUCCAGGGCCGGUAUAUCACACAUACCGCUGCACCCGUCGACAACAUGCCCGAGCGCGUCACGAUCGUGACGUCGUUCCGCCCCAGGAACCCCAUGCUUCCUGAUGAGACGACCAACGCCAACGUCCGCAACAAGUCGCACCUCUCGGAGCUGUACUACCAGUGGACGACCUAUCGCCUCGAUGUGCUUGCGCAGCGCGCGCGCAUCACAGCCGAUGCCCUGCGCCGCCGCUACGACGAGAAUGUCAAGGCGAACGACCCAGAGGGCAAGAAGGGCAUGUGUCUUGUUGAGACUGUUAAUGUGGGCGAAGUGGAGGCGUGGGCGGAGGAGCAGAUCAAGUACAUUCGCGAGACACUGCACGAGAUGAGGCCAUUGGACAAGUCGGGAAAGUAG